AUGCGCUGUGCGCGCGCGGCGCGUCCCCAGUACGCGCGCUCGGCAGGCAGCCACGUCGACCAGGUCGGCACACAGGCUGCCGUGACAUGCGGUGACGGCACGAUGGCGACGGCUUUACAGGAGCAGCUGGGGCAGCUCGCCCUCGCGAGGGGGGCGCCCGGCGACAGACGGCCGAAGGGGCGUCCCUCGCUUCUGUUUGAUCCUCUGGAGGCCGCAGAUAUCGAUGCCGCGACCAUCCUGGAGAUCAGCGGCGCUGGUCUCGAGCAGCUGUGCAGGCUGGACGCCAGGUUCGAGCCGUGCGCGGCCAGGCUGUUCUCGCGGGCGAGUCUCUCCACGCACCGCACACAGAUGACAGCGGCGGAGAAUGCGCAACUCGACCGCGCGAUCGAGGACUUCUUGCACCUGCUGUCGGGCUUCUUCCUCACACAGGCGUGCUUCAAGGUCCUGGAGUUCUGCGUGCGGCAGUACGCCAUUCACGAGCACAACGUGCCCACGCUGGUUGCGUGCGCGCUGCCCUACCACCAGACGAACGAAUUCGUCAAAGUGCUCCAGCUCUGCUCGCUGGAGGGCACCGUUUUCGCCUUCCUGCGCCCGUCCAAGGAGAGCGGGGCGCCCCCUCCGCGCGAGCCCCUCGCCCGGCGGUGCUGCUCGGACGGCGCGUUCCUCAACGCAGUGUGCGCCGAAGCCCAGGCGCUGGGGGGGCGCCGCCUGGCGUGCCCGACCUUCAUGUCCUUCUACGCGGUGCUGCUGUGCGAGGCGCUCAUGCUCGCCCCCGCCGUCGACGCCCGGCUGGCCUCGCUCCUGCUGCCACACCUCGCCGCAGGGAUGGGCAGGGAGGCCACCUCCGAGUUCCGCGCAGCGACCUUCAUGGUGCUCGGGGUGCUGCUGAAGCGCACCGAACUCGACGGGAGCGUCGCGGCAGAUCUGCUGGAGCUCGUGUGCCUGUGCCCCGAGGAGGCGCUGUACGGGCAGGCCGUCGCGCUCGCGGCCCUGCUGGUCGCGACGCAGCCCGCCGUGGCGUCCCUCCCGCCGGCGUGCACCCGCAGCCUGGCCAACAUCCCCGACCUCCCCGGGGAACUGACGGCGCUCGCGGACGCCGGGGCGGACGUGGGGCGGCUCGUCGCGCUCGUCGUGGACGCGAUGGCUGAGGAGCCUCGCGUGCACGCAGCGGCGCUGCUGGGCCUCGUGCGUUGUGCGCCGCUGAGCAGCGACGUGGCAGCCACGCUGGCGUCCGCCCUGCUUCGGGCGGUCGAGUCCGGGCAGGAGGCAGGCGCCGCAGCCAAGGACCUCAAGCUCAUCGUGCAGGCCCUGGACCGCCGGUACCCCGCCGCGGUGGACGCGAGCGUCACGGAGCACCUCACGUCGUCAAAGGGGCAGAACAAGCGCCUGAAGGCCUUCUUGGGCGACGUGCUGCACGCCACGCCGCGGGCGAUUGUCCCCGAAGCCGCGUUGACGCUCCUACACGCUGUCGACGCGCCCGCCGCCGGCGUCCGCAUCGCCGCGCUCGAGCAGCUGGACGCGGCCCUGGCAGCACCGGCGGGCGAUGAGGACGCGCGGGCGGAGCUGCUGGCGUUCGCGCGGGAGGCGCUGCUUCGGCGCAUCGCGGACGACGAGCCGGACGUGGUCGAGGCCGCGCUGGCGUCGGACGUCCUGCGCGACGCCCCGCAGGAGGCGGUGUGUGCCGCGCUUGAGGGGGCCCUCGCCUCCCGCGCCGACGCGCUCGCGAGGAAACCGCGCAAGGGCGACGAGGCCGCGCAGCAGAUCGCGGACGACGUGCGGUGCGCCGUCGCCCUGACAGCCGCGCUCGGGAAGCGCCUCGCGUGCCAGUCGGGCCCUGACUCGGGCGUCGCGGAACUGCUGGGGCUCCUCGUCGUGCCCGCGGGCUCCAGCCUGGCCCAGGUCGCAGCGGCGGCGACCGAGGCCGCGCAGGGCACGAAGCACCCCCUGUUUGCGCUCGUCGGCGGGGGCGCGCGCAAGGGGCGCGCAGGCAGCAAGCAGGCCAAGGCAGAGGAGCCUGACGCGGCGCGGGCCAGCGAGGGGCGCCUCCGCGGGGUCGCGGCCGCGGUCGCGCGUGAUCCGGAGACACUCGCGCCGCUCGUGGCGGGGCUGGCCGGCGCGGCGCGGCGCGUGCACGCCUUGGCAGCGGCGGCGAUCGCCCUGGGCAUGGCGGCGGUCGCGUGCGGGCAGCAGUCGGGCGCGCUCGCCUGCGCGAAGGCUGCGGCUGACCUCGCUCUGCAGCAUGUGGAGUAUGUAUCGGAGGCUCUGGAGGUCGGGCAGGACGGCCUCCCGGCGACGGUGUGCUUGUGGGACGACGCAGUCCCUCCAACCUUCUGGCGUGUCCUGCGCAAGCGCCCGCGCGUUGCCGUGGGCACGGCUCUCCGGGACGGUCUCCUGGCCGCGCUCGCGGCCGCAGCGGGCGCCGGUGACGCGCACCUGGCCUCCCGCGUGCUCAGUGGCCUUGCUGCGGUGACGGCACACGACGGGGGCGCGGCGCGGAUGAUAUUCGAGGCGGCCGUGGACGUCGCCGGCGGGGUGCCCGGCGAGUUCCUCUCGAAGAUAUUCACCGCCGAGGAUGCGCCUCCGGAGGCAGCGGCAGCGGCCCUCGGAGCGCUCACCGUGUCCCUAGCAGCGCCCUCUGGCCAAGACACGCCGAGCGCGCUGUUCGCGCUGCAGCUGGUGUCGGCGUGCGGCGCUGCGUCGAAGCGCGUGCGGAAGGCGGCUGCCUCCGCGGCGGGCGCGUGCGCGAGCUGCCAGACGAGCUGCGCGGCCAUUGCCAAGGCCUCGCACUUGACGGCAGCGCAGGUGAAGCACGUGCUCGAAGCGGUCGGGUCGCACCGCUCGCACUUCGGGGCGGACCGCGGGUACGUCGAGGUCCUGCUCGACAACGCGCUCCUCGGAUCCUCGACGAAGACCGGUGCGCGGGGCAGGGGCCGUGGCAAACAGCAGGCGCAGGGCGUGGCACAGGCCCUGCUGCCCGCGGGGACUGCGGCGGCGUUGCUGGAGUACCUCACGCGCUGCGUACAGCAGUGCCAGCUAGACGCCUCGGAGUGCGGACCCACGAGCCUCGCGCUGACCGUGCUGGGCCGCCACGUGGCCCAACCGCAGCUGCUCCAGGCCGCGCUGCCCCUGCUGGGGCGGCUCGCCGAGGCCGGGGAGGCGGCCGGCGCCCGGGAGGUGCGUCGCCUUGGAGUGCAGCUGCUGAGCGACGUGCUCGUGGAGGACGCCCUGGUCGGCGUUGACGCCGGUCAGGUGCAGGACGCCGCGGGGAGUCUGUUGCGCCUGCUGUCGACAGAGGCGGGACCGGCCCCGGCCGACCUGCGCGCCGCCGCGGCGAGCGCGCUGAGGCCAGGUGUGCUCGCGUGCCUGCCCGCCGGCCUGCGCCGCGAGGCCGUCUCGCGGGCGCUGUUCAUGGCGGACCACGAUGCAAACGAGGGGGCCGCUGCUGCGGCACGCAAAGCCGUGGAGAACGCGCCGCUCACGGGCGAGCUCCUCGCCUCCAUCAUGCUUGGCGACGGAGCCGCAGCUGCGGCGCCCCCGUCCAGGAAGAAGCGCGCCGCGAGCGCCCCUGCAGCCACUGUGCGCCCAGCUGCCGUGCUGGAUGACGCCAUCGCAUGGCAGCGCGCACAGGCGGUGCUGGAGCUCCUCCAGUGGCGCGAUGGCAUCGAGCAGCCUAGGGCGCUGCUGGACCCGCUGAUUGGUCUUGCGAAGGAGCUGGUCGCCGCCGUGGAGCGCCUCAACGCCGGCAGCGAUGCCGGCAGCGACGCCGGGGAGAGCGCGGGCGCGAGCGUUGCGGUCGCGGCGUACGGCCUCCAGCUAGUGCUCUCUGCACUCGACCGGCUCGUCGCCAGCGAGCGUUCACUGGCGCAGGCCACGGACGUCGACCUCAUCGUGAGUUGCGCGGGGGGCGGCCCGAACGCAGCGUGCCGGGCAGCUGCUCUGUCGCUGCUGGCCUCGCUCGCGUCUGCCGCGCCCGAGCAGGUGUCGUCUCGCGCGAUCGAGCUCCUCGCGGCCGUCAGCGGCUCGUUCGCAGCGGACGGGGGCGUGCGCGUGCAGGGGGCGGCAGCGACAGUCCUGCGCGCAAUCGUCCCCGCGUGGCAGGCGGACCAGCGGCCCAUGCGUGACCUGGUGGCGGGCUUCGCCUCCGCUCUCCCGCAGGCGCCCGCAUCCAGACGCGUGCCCCUCCUCACAGCGCUGCUCGAGGCGGCACCAGGCAGGGAGGUGCUUGCCGCGGUCGUGUUGCAGGUGCUCGCCGCGGCCCUCGACGCCGGCAGCCCGCAACAGCCCGACGAGGGCCUCAUCGACGCGCUGACCGAUGUCUGCCGUGCGGCCCCGGCCGCGGACCGCAUCGCGGCACUCGCCGACGCACUCGAGCUCGCGGCGCGGGACGUCGGCCACGAGCUGCACCAGCCCCUGCACGUGGCCUGCAUCGCGUUUGUUGCCGAUCUCAUGGGCGGACCGCGCGCCACGCGCCUCUCGCUGCCGGCAUCGGAGGCGACGUCUGAAGCGCAGGAUGCCUACCGCUCACUCCUCGAGGCGCUCCUGUCGGACCUGCGCAGCGUGGGGCCGCAGCUCGCGACCGCAGUGCGGGAGGGUCGCAACGCACGCAGCCGGGCGCUCGAGGCCGCGUCGGACAGCCUGUACGCCGCGCUCGACGCGCUGCAGGGGCGCAUGGACCCCGAGGCACACCUGGCGGCGCUGUCGGAGCUGUGUGCGCACGAGGACCCAGGCGUUGCGCGCACGGCUUUCCGUCUGACGGCGCAGCGCAUCAGCUCGCUCGACCUCGCGGAGGACCCGCUGGUGACGCUGCUGACGGGGGACGAGCGCGCCGAGAAGGAGCGCAACGUGCUGCUCGCGGCGCUCCGGGCGGUGGAGCCCGCUGCGGCGCUACUUGCAGCGGCGGACGACCCCAGCGGGGCGCUGGCGGCGCAGUCCGCGCUGGUUGCGCUGGACAGCCUUGCGAAGGCCUGCGGGGAGGACUUCGCCGCGGAGCUCUGCGUGGCGGUCCCCGCGAUCUCGGCGUGCCUCGCGAGGGAGCAGCGCGGGGUGCGUGCUAGCGCGAUGGUCACGAUCGCCUCGCUUGCCACCGCCCUUGGGGUCAAGCUGCUAGGCCACCUGCCGCAGCUGUCCAGCGUGCUGCUGGACACCGUCGAGGCCGCGCUGCGCACGUUCGCGCUGCGCCCCUCGGACAGCCCGCCGGACGCCGAGGAGGACGGCGGCGACAGCGAGGAGGACGGGCCAUCACCUGGGCUGGACAAGGACACAGUGGAGCUCGAGCUGGCCUCGGGCAUCUCCGCGUGCGGUGCGAUCGUCGAGGGCAUGGGCGCGUUCUGCAGCCCGUUUCUGGGACGAAUCCUUGCGAUCGUGCUGUCGCCAGCUCUCCUGCAAGACGACCAGGACGGCGUGUGUGCAGAGGCAGCAGAGGCGGUGCGCAACACGCUGUGCGACGUCAGCGUAGUGCCACCGCGACUCAUCGUGCCAGCGCUGAUCUCGCGGCUGGAGGCGUGCGUCGCGGAAGGCGCGGACUCGACCGCGAAGCUGCUCGGCAUGUUUGCUGCGACCAGCAAGGCCAUGCAACCGAAGACUGCGGCGGAACACCACGACGCGCUGUUCGUCGCACUGCUGAAGGCGCUCGAUGUGCGGAGGCGUCGUCCAGCGGGCAUAGCCGACAGGGCGCAGAUCGAGAAAGUCGAGCAGGCCGCAGUUGCAGCAGUGGUCGCCCUGAUCAUGAAACUGAGCGAGGCUUUGUUCAAACCCCUCUUCCUGCGGCUGGUGGACUGGACGGGCAUGUCCUCGCGCGGAACGGAGGGCGCGGAUACCGCACGGAUGGCGACAGCCUUCGCUGUCGUGUCUGCCCUGGGGGGGCGCAUGCGCACUGUGUUGGUGCCCUACUUCCGCUACGUCGGCGACGCCAUCGUUUCCGUGCUCGCGGGGAACGCACAUCUCAAGGAGAAGCGGUCGAAAAAGAAGCGCAAGGCUGCCACGCCAGCACCCGAUCGCGACUGCAACGAUGACCUGUGGCUCUUGCGGUUCCGCGUCUUGGCGGCCCUGCAUCGAUGCCUGCAGUACGACAGUGGAGUAUUCCUCGACCAGGAUCGUUUCAGUGCGCUGGCGCCAGCCGUCGUGGCGCAGCUCGACCAAGAGCCUCCUGCGCACUUGCUCCAGGAGGCAUGCUUUGACGACCCCGUGUUCGCGGCGAUCGAGGACAGCGGUCCUUUCGCCGCCGGCGACGCGUACGGCGUUGCUGUUGCAGAGUGUUUGGCGCAGCUGGCGGUGACGGCGGGCAGUGACGUUGUGUGGAAACCCCUGCAUCAGCAGGUGCUCAUGGCCACGCGCUCGCCCUCGGCGCGCACGAAGCUCCUCGCGCUCGCGGCCCUCGGGCAGCUCGUGCAGCGGGUGCGCGAGGAGUACCUCGUCCUGCUGCCCGAGUCCCUGCCGUUCCUGUCGGAGCUGAUGGAGGACAGCGACGUGCGCGUGGAAGCAAGGGCGCACGACCUCGUGCGAGAACUCGAGGCGCUCGCCGGGGAGGACCUCAGCCAGUAUUACAAGUGA